GAAGAAAAUAUGAACGAACCUGACUGUGUAAUUGUGCAAUCUCAGGAUGUUCCCUCUCUAAGAUUCUGAGUAGUUGUGCAAAUUGAACUGUACCUGUAAACAGAAAGUGCUGCACGUCGAACAUAUAAACAAUGCGAGAUUGAUUCUAAGAGGACGCCACACACUGUUCACAAGUUGUCAUCAGUUGAUAUUUCAUUCAGCAACUUACACCAAAAACAGUAAAAAAAUUGAAUACAAAAGGCCGUACGGCCGUUGAAAUUUUUACAUUCGUUUCAUGACCAACCGAAUUAUAAUUAUUGAAAUCUUAUCAGCUAAAACAAAGUCUCAUACAUUUCUCGAGUGGUCCUCGGGAUAACCUGGUAAAGAAAAUAAAUUGACGAGAAACAAGUGAUCUAUAAGCAGCAGAUAAUCUCCAGCUAGAAAAUGCAUUCACUGUUCUGCGGUAAAUUUAAUUGAAUUAUCAGUAGAGGAAACGUUAUCGUCGAAAGAGUUACGAAAGAACGAUCAUUCCGAGGCUUCACGAUGAGUUCUGAACACGAUCAGGCAUUUCUACACAUCUUGCAAGAAGAAAGAAAUAUUACGAAUUUUUUGGAUGCAUUUUUUGGCUUUUUGUACAGAUGUACAGAUUUUUAUGUUGAAUUGGGACCAGAUCAAAAGCUGGGGUUCCCACCAGGUAUGAUAGACAAACUUGUUUUACAUAGUUUUAAAAAGUGGAAGAACAUUUCCAAAUAUCCCGGUGGAGCACAGCCUGUAAACAAUCAGGAAACUCUCAUACAGGACACUGAUAAAAGUCAAAAUGAAUCAAUGGCAGUAGAAGAAGAUUCUCACGUUCCACAAGCUGAUUACGAAGUAGAGAUUGAAACAGACUGCAAGGAAAGUCGAAUUACAAACCGAUCUAGACGAUUAAUUGAUAAGGACAAAGUGUCCGAUAGUUACAAUGGUGCAGUGAGGGAGAAUUAUACUUGGUCGCAAAGUAUCAGUGAUAUAGAUGUACUGGUGAUGCUACCAGAUUCUGUGCAGAAUGCAAAAGAUCUAAGAGUUCAUAUAGAUUCGAAAGAAAUCAAGAUAGAAGCAAGAACAUCGUGGGCUGAAGAGAAUCAGGAGAAAGAGGAAUGUCGAUAUUCUGUAUGGACCACAAUUUUUCAUGGAGAAUUGUGUUUCAAAAUUCGAAAAGACGAGUCAAUCUGGAGCAUAAUACCUGGACAGUAUAUUAGCAUUCAUCUUGAGAAAGCUUCCGACAGGUGGUGGGAGGCAUUAAUAGAAGGCGAGGUAAAAAUUGAUUUAAGUAAAAUAGAUUGUUCAAGAAAUGUAGAGGAUAUGGAUUCAGAAGCACAAAUGAAGGUUCAAGAAUUGAUGUGGAAUCAUCAACAAAAGCUUUUGGGCAAACCAACUUCUGAACAAAUUAAAAUGGAAAAAGUAUUGAGGAAAGCUUGGGACGUGAAAGGAUCUCCAUUUGAAGGCACGCCCUACGAUCCUUCGAUAAUAGACUUUAAUUAGUGUUUUAUUUAAUUCAUUGAUGUAAAUUGUAUUAAAUGUACUCGAACUAUCUGUAUAUUUUACAAUAAAUAUAUUUUAUUAUCACCU